AUGCCCAGCAAACGGAAGCUGGAUCUUCCCCCGGCUGAAAUCUACAAAGCAGCCAAACUCGCCUCCAAUGGCUCCCGACAUGCUCACGUAGAGGAAGACGACGAUCUCGAAGCUGGUCCAGCUCCCCCACCAGAAGACGAUGAUGGCGACUACGGUCCAUCAGCGCCACCAGAGGAUGACGACGGCGACGACGAAGAAGGCCGAUUCUUUGGCGGCGGGAUAACAGAAACAGAAAAAGAAGUCCUCGAUUUUAUGGAUUCCAAUCAACAAUCCACCGCGUUUGACGCAGGCCCCGAAACGAUCGACGGCUCCUGGCUCAAGAAAACCGCCCUCUCCUUCGAGAAGAAAAUCUCGCGCAACGCCGAGCUCCGCGCCAAAUUCGAAAACGACCCCAGCAAGUUCAUCGACUCGGAAGCCGACCUCGACUCGGCAAUCAAGUCCCUCUCCAUCCUCUCCGACCACCCAUCCCUCUACCCCCUCUUCGCCCAGCUCGGCAGCGCCGCCAGCCUCGUUUCCUUGCUAGCCCACGAGAACACCGACAUCGCCAUCGACGCAGUAGAGAUCCUCUCCGAGCUCACAGACCAAGAUGUCUCCGCCUCCGAACCCGACUGGUCCUCCCUCGUCAACGCCUGCCUCGAGGCCGAUCUGUUAGGUCUCCUAACCUCCAACUUUUCCCGCCUAGACGAAACCAACGAGUCCGACCGCGAGGGGGUAUACCACGCCCUCUCCCUCCUCGAAAACCUUUCCAGUUCCCCAACCAUAUGCGACAAACUCGGCUCUGACAAGCCCCUGGUUCAAUACCUCCUGAACCGCAUCUCCACCCCCCAAGAGAAGGAAACCUCCCAAAACAAACAAUACUCCGCCGAAAUCCUGGCCAUCCUCGUCUCCUCCUCCCUUCGCAACCGGACUUGUCUCGUAUCCCUCAACGCGGUGGAUAUUCUCCUUCAACAGAUCGCCCCUUACCGCAAACGCGACCCAGACAAGAGCUCAUCAUCUUACACCCCCGAAUUCAUCCGCAACUCAUUCGAGUGUCUAUCCAGUCUUGUCUCCUCUCCCGAAGGGAAAAAAGCCUUUAUCGAAGCAGAAGGGGUGGAGCUCUGUCUCAUUAUGCUGAAGGACGGGGGCCCAAAGAUAACCAAACCGUCCUCACUACGACUGCUCGACCACGCAUGCGCGUUUUCUCCCGAGAUGGCAACCAAGAUUGUGACAGAGGGGGGGUUGAAGACUUUGUUUACGAUGUUUAUGAAGAAUAAGACUUCUGUAGGGCAGACAACGGAGCAUCUAAUCGGGAUAUUUGCCUCGAUGCUUCGUUUCCUACCAGCCGAGUCCCCUGAACGAAUCAGGACGCUGGCAAAGUUUGUCGAGAAGGAGUAUGAGAAAUUAGAAAAGACAGUGCAGCUAAGGAGGGAGUACGCUGCCAGGUUGGGGGUAGUGGAUGCUGCUAUUCAAGAAGAAAAUAACACGCUGGAUAGGAAAGAGAGGGAGGAAAUGGAGGAUGAGUUCUUCUCCAGGAGGCUAGAUGCGGGGUUGUUUUGCUUGCAGAGUAUAGAUGUUGUUCUUGCCUGGCUCAUCGCGGAGGAUGAUGGCGCUAGGGACAAAAUCAAAAAGUUGUUGGCCGACCGGGAUGAGGAUCUUGGGGUGUUGAGGAAAACGAUACAAGAGCAGAUUGAGGGGGUGGAUGAGGGGGGCGAGGAUGGGAGGGAGACGAAGGAGAUGUUGAGUACGUUGAUCAGGUUUUUGGUGUGA